CACCAACAUGGUGGAUUAAACUAGGACUAACCCGAUCGAUUUCUCUUCUCUCGCUUCACCAAUCUGGCUUCAGGGAAGACAAUCGAGUGCCGAACGGCAAAGGCUUCCUGCCUCCGGUAAGGUUGGCGGAAGAGGCGUGGUACCGGGUCAAGACGCAGGCGCUACUCUACCCCUGACCCGGGAAGCUGUCCCUCCUCCUUCCGCCAUUUUGGCCUCUGAUUCUUGUCGGGUCUGUUCAGCUACCACGUGAACUGACCGGCCGGCGGUAUUUUGACAGGCCUGGGCAUAGGAAAGUCCGGAAGUAGAUUGGUUCGCCUGUUCCAUUCAGCUGCGCACACAGCAGCCGGAUACUAGCGUGUGUUAUAGGGUAGUCACUGUUCAUCCUAAUCGCUCCCAGCCGAAACACGGCACGCGGCCAGUGCCCAUAAGAAGGGAGCGGGUGGUGCCAGGGAAGAGCAGCUCGUGCAGUGGGUGCGAGGAUGCCGAGCGUCAGUCUUCCGCCUAAAGAGAACGCACUCUUCAAGCGCAUACUGAGAUGUUAUGAACACAAGCAAUAUCGAAAUGGGUUAAAGUUCUGCAAACAGAUACUCUCCAAUCCCAAGUUUGCUGAACAUGGAGAAACCCUGGCUAUGAAAGGAUUGACAUUAAACUGCCUUGGGAAGAAAGAGGAUGCCUAUGACCUUGUUCGCAGGGGCCUGAGGAAUGAUCUUAAGAGCCAUGUCUGCUGGCAUGUGUACGGUCUCUUGCAAAGAUCAGACAAAAAGUAUGAUGAAGCCAUUAAGUGUUACAGGAAUGCACUGAAAUGGGACAAGGACAAUCUCCAGAUCUUGAGAGACCUCUCCUUGCUGCAGAUUCAGAUGAGGGACCUGGAAGGUUACAGGGAAACCAGGUACCAGUUACUGCAGCUGAGGCCUGCACAGAGAGCAUCUUGGAUUGGAUAUGCAAUUGCUUACCAUUUGCUUGAAGACUAUGAAAUGGCUGCAAAAAUACUUGAGGAGUUUCGUAAAACCCAGCAGACUUCUCCAGACAAAGUGGACUAUGAAUACAGUGAGCUGCUGCUUUAUCAAAAUCAAGUUCUCAGAGAGGCAGAGCUCUAUAAAGAGGCUCUGGAUCAUCUUUGCACCUAUGAAAAGCAAAUCUGUGAUAAGCUAGCCGUUGAAGAAACAAAAGGAGAUUUGCUGAAUCGUUUAGGCCGACUUGAUGAGGCAGCGGAUGUCUACAGGGCGUUGCAGGACAGAUGCCCUGAAAACUGGGCAUAUUACAAGGGUUUAGAAAAGGCACUUAAACCAGAAAGUAUGGAAGAAAGACUUAAAAUUUAUGAAGACAGCUGGACAAAGUAUCCCAGGGGAUUAGUUUCAAGAAGACUGCCUUUAAACUUCUUAUCAGGUCUAAAAUUUAGAGAAUGUCUGGAUAAAUAUUUGAGGAUGAAUUUUAGCAAAGGAUGCCCUCCAGUAUUUAAUACAUUGAGAUCACUCUACAGCGAUAAAGAGAAGGUAGAGAUUAUUGAAGAUUUAGUUGUUGGUUAUGAAACAUCCUUGAAAAGCUGCCGUUUAUUUAACAUGAAUGAUGAUGGGAAAGAAGAACCACCAACAACUUUACUGUGGGUGCAGUACUACUUGGCACAACACUAUGACAAAAUUGGCCAGCAAUCAAUUGCUCUGGAAUAUAUUAAUGCUGCGAUUGACAGCACACCAACUCUUAUUGAACUUUUCCUUGUCAAAGCUAAAAUUUACAAGCAUUCUGGGAAUAUAAAAGAAGCUGUCCGAUGGAUGGAUGAAGCGCAGGCACUGGAUACAGCUGACCGAUUUAUCAAUUCUAAAUGUGCAAAAUAUAUGUUAAAAGCAAACCUGAUUAAAGAAGCUGAAGAAAUGUGCUCGAAAUUUACAAGGGAAGGAACAUCAGCAGUGGAAAAUCUGAAUGAGAUGCAGUGCAUGUGGUUCCAGACAGAAUGUGCACAAGCUUACAAGUCCAUGAAUAAAUAUGGUGAAGCACUUAAAAAAUGCCAUGAAAUUGAAAGACAUUUUGUAGAAAUUACAGAUGACCAGUUUGAUUUCCACACUUACUGUAUGAGAAAAAUUACACUCAGGUCAUAUGUGGACUUAUUAAAAUUGGAGGAUGUACUAAGGCAGCAUCCAUUUUACUUCAAGGCUGCACGGAUUGCAAUAGAAAUUUAUCUGAAGCUUCAUGAUAAUCCUCUAACAGAUGAAAAUAAAGAGCAUGAGGCAGACACAGCCAAUAUGUCUGACAAAGAGCUGAAGAAACUACGUAACAAACAACGGAGGGCGCAGAAGAAAGCACAGCUGGAAGAGGAGAAAAAGAACGCGGAAAAAGAAAAGCAACAGAGAAACCAAAAGAAGAAAAAAGAAGAUGAUGAUGAAGAGAUUGGAGGACCGAAGGAAGAGCUUAUACCAGAAAAGUUAGCAAAGGUUGAAAAUCCUUUGGAAGAAGCUAUUAAAUUUUUAACACCUCUAAAGAACUUGGUGAAGAACAAAAUAGAGACACAUCUUUAUGCCUUUGAAAUUUACUUCAGGAAAGAUAAGUUUCUUCUGAUGUUGCAGUCUGUGAAACGAGCAUACGCAAUAGAUCCUAACCACCCGUGGCUUCAUCAGUGUCUUAUCCGAUUCUUUUGUGCAGUUUCUGAAAGUAAAGAACUAAACGAAUCGGUAAGAACAGUGUUAAAGCAAGAAAUGUGCAGACUUUUUGGAGAAACCAGCCCUGCAAAUUUUAAUAAUUCCUUCCUGAAAGAAAACAUCAACUCCAUACCACACCGAUUAGCAGCUGCCAAAAUGAUGUACUAUCUGGACCAUUCAAGUCAAAAACGAUCAGUAGAGCUGGGGACCUCAUUGGAUGAAUCGCUCUGUAACGGUAGUCUCCAGACGUGCACCGAUGUUCUGGAAGCCUUGCGAGACGGCAGUUUAGGAGACAAAGAGGCUGCUGAAUGUUAUCGAGUCAGUUGCCACAAGCUCUACCCUUACGCUUUAGCUUUCAUGCCUCCUGGCUACGAAGAGGACAUGAGUAUCACAAUGAAUGGAGAUAGCUCUGCCGAAACAGAAGAACUGGCUAAUGAAAUGUGAAUAGCUGAUAAACAACAGACAUUGGACCAUAUCAACUAUCUAAUAUUUUUGUCACGCACCUGCUGUAUCGCUCUGUAACUUAUGUGGAGAAUGAAAGGAGUAAAAGAAUUGUUGCCUUUAAAUAUUGUUUUACUUUUUUUAUAUCCUGCUGAGGUAGUUCUAUAUAAUGUAUUACAGGAUAUGGGAGGAUUGGUUUCUUAAAAAUAAAUUUGCUGCUAAACAUUUGGUGAGGGAGAAACAUCUGUAUGGAGUUCCCUGUUUUAAAUUAAUUUAUAUGAGAGAUAAAGGUGGUUACAGUCACCAGAGCAGGUGUGUGGCACAAAUAUUACUAACGUUUGUCUUUUAGAGAGAUUACUUUUGUUGAACAGCACACUCCUAGCAGUAUCUGAGGGGCCUGCGUUACCCUUGGGCCAUAGGGUGAGAGGAGGGGGGGGCAAUUUGCUGUUUUAGCACUGGAUUUUUUUUUUACUGAGCACAAGAAUUUUUCGGCCUCUGGUUCUGGUCCAACCCUUGAUAUCCAGGAGAACUUCAUCUGAAGAGCAAGUAAUGCAGAGAAGGGCUUCUAGUAACACUUGCCCCAUGCAGUUCUCUGGAUACUUGUCAUGUUGCAUUUGUGGAUUCUGAUUUUUUUUCCUUCCACUAAAAAUAUUGAACCAUUUAAAAAAAAACAAAAAAAAAACCUUUACUUGAAAAAAAUGUGUACUCCCUUAUACUUUUUAAAGCAGUUACUUUAAGCCUUCAAGCGGUUGUGAAGUGCAGCUCCCGACGUCUUUGAACAAAGGAAAGAUGCUCCGAGCCGCACAUCACAGCAGCUGUCAAGGCUGAAAGUGGCAAGUUCGUGCUUUAUAGGAAGGAGCAGCCUCUCGCUGAUAUGGUUUGCCAAACUGUAUUGCAAGAACCAAAAGAAAUCAUGCACUGUGUUUCAGCAGAAAGGUGACACAUUAGAGCUGCGUUUUUUUCUUUUCGACGCAGCAGGAUGGGAUUGGACAAGAGCUCCAUUGACUUCCCAUUUUUCAGGUUAAGCUCACAUUAUGCAGAACUAAACUGCAGUUCAGAUACCUCGUCAUCUUUACCCCCCCCCCCAGCAUCACAAGUUUAAAAUACUCUUUAUUUGUAAGGCAUAUCAUUCUUGCUCAGUGAAUAUCAGACAGGAGGCUCCCAGGUUUGUAAUAAGGAGCAUCCAUUUUUUUAUUUUAUCUUUUUUCCCCAAUAACAGACCAGCUUCUUUUCCCCCCGCUGUUAAACCUGUCAUUUCCUUUUUGUUGUCCGCAUAAGGUACCAAAUGUAAUGCAAUAAAACCUUUUGAAAACAUUUCUGAUAGUUUAACCCAUCAGUGCCUGACUUCUUUAGUUCCUAAGGAUACAUGGCAUCAUUCUGCAUCCCGUUGCAUUGCAGUACUUCUUCGCUCUGGGAUGUACAGCUCCUCCUCCACCUACAGAAAGGCUGUGAUUUUGGUGCUCGUUUUUAAAGUGUGAUGUAUUUGGCGGAGCAAAUCUAAGAGCCAAAUGUGAUGAUAAGGAAUUGUCAAUGUAACUUGAGUUUUCUAAUGCAUUUUUUUACAUUACUCUUCUGUAAAGUAUUUAAGCUGUAAUUGUAUUUGGCUGUUUUUAAAAUGAGUGGGCACCCAAA